AAGGGCGCGGGGAGGGAAUGGUUCCGCAGGUUGCGGCGGGCCAUGAAGUGUGUCAUUGCGGGGGCUCAUCUCAGAGUGUUUGGAAGAGCAAUACAUGCCAUAGCUCGUAUUAGUGAUGAAUUUUGGUUUGACCCCAUAGAAAAAGGUCUUGCUUUAAGAUCAGUGAAUUCUUCAAGGUCAGCAUACGCAUAUGUCUUCUUCUCAUCUAUGUUUUUUCAACAUUACUGCUGGACAGCUGUGUCUCAGCCAUGUCAGAAGGAAAAACAGUUAUCCCUUCCAUGUAAAUUGAUAAUUAAGUCAGUUCUUCCUGUAUUUAGAUGUGUAAAUGUGCUGGAAAGGAAUGUAGAGAAAUGCAGCAUUUAUACAAAUAUUAGUGACCAUCACAUAACUUUUCAGCUCCUCUGCAAACACGGUGUUGUAAAAACAUAUAAUCUGACGUUUCAAGAAUGUGAUCCGUUGCAGGCUGUUUUUGCAAAGCACAUGUGUCCAAACAUACUUAAAGUCCAUUCAAGGCUGCUGGCUGAUAUAAUGAUUCACUUUCCGACCAGUCAAGAAGAAGUCACCUUAUCGGUUACUCCAAUGAAAGUUUGUUUCAAGAGUUACACUGAGGAAGACACUGAUUUUUCAAAGACAAUGCUGACUGAAAUACAACUAAAUCCAGAUGAAUUUGACUACUUUCAAGUUGGAGUAGAUUCUGAAGUGACGUUUUGCCUUAAAGAACUGAGGGGACUACUAGCAUUUUCAGAAGCUACCAGUGCUCCUGUCUCAAUCCAUUUCGAUGUAUCUGGAAAACCAAUUGCUUUCAGCAUUGAAGACAUGGUGCUGGAAGCCAGCUUUAUUUUGGCUACCUUGUCUGACAUCGAAAAGGAGACAGCUUCCCAGCAGCCUCCCUGCUUUUCACAGCGCCAGGAAAGCUCAAAGACAUGUAUGGGUAAAUCUGAAAAAACCUCCCUGGAUAAAGAUAGCAACACAGCAGCAGUUGCUUCCAAAAAGCCACAGUGGAAUGGAAACGCACUGAUCACGGAGUCAGCAAAACCCACCAGUCCUCUGGCAGAGCGAGAGAUUAAAAGUAUUCCCAGGGUCACCAAGAAAGAUAGGACAGGCACGGAAGGAACAGCCAUGACCGCGGCCGAGGACCAUGCCACGCCGGAAGGAGAGGCAGCAGCAUCUCGUUAUCAGGAGUUUCAUUCCUUAUUUUUUGGAGCAGUUUCUUGUAAGGAGCAGGCUGCCAGCAGUCACAUCUCCCACAGUUUGGCAACAGCUAGUGACACCGAAGAGGAUUUUGGCAACGUGCAGAGCUCCCAAGUUCUGUAGUAACGUGAAGCCUUUGAAUCCAAGAUGAGACUGUUGGGGAUUGCCUUGGAAGAUAGAAGUAUGUUUGACGCAGUAAUUGUAGAGCUGUUUCUAGUUUUAGACCUUAGUUUAAUUGCAGUUCUUUAGCAAGUUAGAACUCAACGGAAACUAUUUGUAUUCUGAGCUUGUGUGGUAAACUGCAGUUCACCACCACCUAUUUGGGCAGUUUGGAAAGUGGGAAUCCUACUCAAAUGUUGCCUGGUUUUUGCAAGACAGACACACAAAAAGGACAAAACCUGCCUCAGUAGAGAGUAUGUUACCAUUUCCUGCUGUGUCAGUACAGGUUAAACAUUUACGCGCCAUUUAUGUUAACCACCAGCACGAGUCCUUCUAAAACUGUUGGCUGCUGUCAUAAUGCAAUGUAAAUUUAAGUCACGAUUGACUCAGUUGAGGUGUGUGUGUUACAUAUUCUGUAGGUACACUGCUUCGGAAGUUCAGCUCUCCACUAUGUUCUCGCUAGAGAAUUCAAACUGUGUUAUCGCUUCGGGCAAAUUAAGCUGCUGUUGUAAAGUUACAAGUACUGGAAAAACAAACUCAUCCGCUCCCCCUUAACUGAAUAGACAAAGUUGUCAGAGAAAUGCAUUUAAAUAAAAGAAGUGAUGUUUGAAA